GUAGAUCAGAUCAGACACAUGAGAGAGUUUGGACGCGGUCAGUGCGCGUCUCUGGUUUCUCGGAGCUGUGUGGAGCUCAGCAUGGACGACAGACACAAGUUUUAAACUCAGCAGGACAACUUUACUUUUUUUUAUCCUGAAGAAAUCGACUCAUUAGUUACCAAAAAAUAUGGAGGAGGAUUUCCCAUCAACUCCAACUGCUGUCAACACCCAGGGGUCAUGCCCUGCUGUGGAUGGACCCUCUCUUCCCUCCCCCACACAGACUCCUCCUUCACUCGUCUCCAGUAACGAAAAAUCUCCAUCCUCAACAGAGCCCAGAAAUGUAUCUUAUUCCUCUCAAACAUCCGCUGACACCAUCUCUUCCCCUCCACCUGUGGAGGGGUCAAAGUCCUUAACUCCUGCUGCGCCAUCCUACCCCUCUUCUCCACCUCCGAACAAAACACCACUUGUUGUUACUUCCUCUAAACCCCCCAUAAUGUCAUCCUUUUCCAAGCUCAAAUCUGCCUCCUUUACAUCAGUGAGCACGGCCGGUAACACUCCAACAGAUACUUCUUCUUCCUCCAACACUGCUUCGUCUUCCACCGCCCCCAUGAAACGCACCUUCGCCUCCAUGGCCAAGAAGGUGAUAAUACAGGAGAGACUUCGGAAAGCCGAGCAGGAUGCCAACGAUGAAGAGGAGGAUGAAGAACCAGAAGAAGAUUUGUCCCUGCAGCAGUUGGAAGAAAAGGCCAAUAAUGGUGAUGCCAGAGCCCAGACUCGGCUGGGGCAACACUACUUGAUUCUCGCUGAGGAGAAAGAUACAGAGCUAAAUAAUCGUCUGGCUGUUAAUUGGCUGGUUAAAGCAGCUAAACAGGGAAGAAAAGGUGCAGCGAGAGCACUGCAGCGCUGUUGGAUCCAGAGAAAAGGAAUCACUCCAGAGAAUGAGGAGGAAGUGCGCAAGUUGUCGACGGAGAGUAGGUUUGAGCUGGCAGUACGUAAGGCAGCCAUGAUGAUGUACUGGAAACUCAACCCGGACAGGAAGAAGAAGGUGGCUGUGGCUGAGAUGCUGGAAAAUGUUGGCCAGGUCAAUGCAGUGCAAGGUGGCAGUGCAAGCAGGAUUCCUGGCCCGACCUCAGGCCAGACCCAGAAAGUUUUGGAGAGCUUAGUCAGCAAUGAGUCCUCACAAAUGGUGGACAUGGAUGACUUUGUUGAGAUGACUAAACAGUAUGCUCAAGGUAUCGUCCCCUCUGCGUCCCAAACCGGCAGCCAGGUCACCGCCAAGACUCAGAGCUCUACGCCUCACGGCAGCAGUGGGGAGCAGAAGGUUGAGCUGGUACCAUCGGGAUACAAGAACGCCUUUAAACGCUCUUGGAGUUUUGGCCGAAGUGGGAUGAUGCUGGACACGAGGCAGAACAUAAAACAAGCCAUGGACAUGAAAUCACGCCUAAUGGUGCUGCAGUACCCGCUGCACAGCAUUGUUGAGAUGAAGGAGCACCUGGUGGACUGGGCGUCGCGGGCCGGCGUCCAGUGGCUGAGCACCAUCAUCCCCACGCAACACGUCAACGCACUUAUUUUCUUCUUCUUCAUCAGCAACCUGACAGUCGACCUGUUUGCUUUUGUCAUCCCCCUGAUGGUCUUCUACCUCUCCUUCGUCUCCAUGAUCAUCUGCACUCUGCGUGUUCUCCAGAGCAGCAAGACUUGGGAGAACUUCAGAGCUCUGACAUCUCUGCUGAUACGUUUUGAACCCGGCCUGGAUGUGGAGCAGGCGGAGGACAACUUUGGCUGGAAUAACCUAGAACCGUACCUCUAUUUCAUCCUGUCCGUUUUCUUCGUCAUAUUCUCCUUCCCUGUAGCUGACAAGGGCUGGAUCCCCUGCUCUGAGCUCUCCACUGUGGCCAUCUUCUUCACUGCUGUCAGCUACAAGAGCCUCAACCCCACCGCUGCCACAUAUGCACGCCGAGCCAUGCUCAUAGAGGUUGCAUCAUCUCUGUGUUGCCUGACCCAGUUCCUGCCAGAGAACAGGAUAGUGCUUCGUUGCCUGGGGCGCACCUUCGCCACACUGCCACUGGGGGAGUCGGUGGUGCUGAAGCUCAGUCUCCCCUGUCUGCUCUAUGUUUAUCUCUUCUAUCUGUUCUUCAGCAUGGCCAGGAUGCGUGGUUUCAAGGGGACUUACUGCUUCCUGGUUCCGUACCUUGUGUGCUUCAUGUGGUGCGAGUUCUCCGUGGUGCUCCUGCAGAGUUCCUCUGCCGUGGGUUUGAUGCGCACCUGUGUGGCCUACUUUCUCUUCUUGUUCGCCCUGCCCGUUCUGGCUUUUGGCCUCGCCGCCAUGCUCUUCAUCCAGGUCUUGAAGUGGUUCCUGGAGCUGGAACUGACGAAGGUGAUUGUGACGCUGGUAGUCUGUGCGAUCCCCGUCACCCUGCGGCUGUGGACGCGGUUCAGUAUGUCCAUUCUGGACGUCUUCCGCUCGCUGACCCAACGCGGCCCAGUCAAACUCAUCUUGCUCUGCAUCUCCAUGGUGAUCCUGUUCUUCUCUAUCUAUGUGUACCAUGCAGAGGGGCAGAAGUUGUACAACUCCAGCAUGACUUGGAGACAGUACAGCCAGGUGUGCGGGCCCCCUGCCUGGGAAACUAAAGGCAUGGCCAAGACACAGCUCUUCUGUAGCCACCUGCAUGGACACAGAGUCACCUGGGCUGGCCGUUUCAAGCUCGUCCGCGUUGCCGAUACUGACAACGGGGCACAGUCGGUCAUCAACAUGUUGCCGGUGUUCAUAGGAGACUGGCUGCGCUGCCUGUAUGGAGAGACGUAUCCCAGAUGUGAGCCAAAGAAUGCUACAGUCGCAAACCUAACAGCUGCCAAUAUGGCGGCCGAUUCUGCGUCAGCUACCGUUUCACUGCCCGAACUGCUCCGGAUGCAAGACGAGGAAGAGUUGUGUCAGAUCAAGGCUCUGGCCAAAAACACCUGCCAUAUCAAGCGCUUCGACAGCCACCUCUUUGAGGUGACAGUAGGGAUGAUUCGGGAUGAAGGUGUGGAGGACCCAGCCAUAGAUAUAAUCCUACUAGCCAGCCAUGAGUUCAGGCAAGUUCUGCUCAACCUAAAUCCCGGCAAUAUGGUGGAGUUCAGCACCAAGCUGGAGGGCCGUCUAGGAGCCAAAGCUCCGGCCUUCGAGCUGAAGGCCAUCCACUGUCUGGACUGUGUUUCAUCACGGCUGGCUGGAGGCAGCAGGCAGGUGAAGAGAGAGAGAGACUGGAGGCGCACCACAAUGACAGCCCUGAAGUUUGCAUUUGAUUUCUUCUUUUCUCCCUUCAUGUCAGCAAAAAUCACCGCCUGAGGAGAAAGAUGAAGUCAUACAGACUCACUUGGAUCUCUUCAGGAAGCCAUGCUACCUUUUGAUCAUGUUACUGAUGUAACAUAUGGUAUUGUUUACAAUUUGAUCCAACGUGGAUCAAUUACAGCGUAUGUACGCAAUGAUUUUAUAUUUGAAGUACUUCCUGAUAGUGCAUGAGUUUACAAAGAUUUUACUCUUUCAGUUCAUGAACCUCUGAAGCAGUUCAAAAGUGGUCAGAUACCAACUUUGGCUUGAGACUCAGGCCCUGUUCAGUCCUGGCAUUAAAAAAGAAAAGAAAAAA